AUGGCCCGCUACGACUAUGAUGACUACUACGAUUCCGACGAUAGCACGUUGGUAAAUUCACCACCACACAACUAUCGCAGAAGGCGACCGCGAGAUCGCUCGGUUUCUGAAGACUCGUAUGCCCGACGACCGCGCUAUGGCAGAGCGACAUCCUCACACAAUUCCCAACAAUCGCAGCCAGGCGAGAAAGAGUCGUCCACGGCAGCAAAGUUUGGCAAAGUUGCGCUGGGCGUAGUGUUUGUGACUGUCGUCGCGAACGCUUUCAAUUCGUGGAUGAAGAAGAAAGAAGAUGAGAGGGAGAAAGAGCGUGUGCGAGAGAAGCGGAGACAGUUCGAAAAGGCCAAGGCCAGGAGGCGCCGCGAGGAAUAUCGCAGGGAGCGGUCGAGACAGGAACGUAUGCGACGCGAGGAGGAAGAAUAUGAGGUUUCUGAGGUGUCUGAGAGAUUGAGGAUUGGACAUGUUGCGGCGGAAGAAAGAGAGAGAAGCCGCAGUCGACAGCCGAGAAGACUGGAGGCACCGCCUGAGCAAGACGAGGAUGAGGAAGACGAAUUCAACGAACGCAGGAGACAGAAUCGAUCAAGAAGUCGGCCUGCCGUGGACGUCACCUGA